UGUAGGAGUUGAGAACAGGUAGGCUAAUACAAAACACAUCUUAAAAUGUCUGAAUUCAGAAAAAAAAAUGUAUCGACUAGGCCUCAUCAAUGGAGAGGAGAAUCAUUUUAAUUCAAUUUGAACUGAAUACAUAUUUAUCUGCUAGGUCUAAGUAACAUGAAUAAUGUAUGUAGGCCUACAUUAUUUCAUAUUUCUAUACCCGUGCAUCAAAAAAGUAAGCCUGCAGUUUUGAAUUAAUAAAUACUAGCUCCAUGGUUGGGGAAUAUAAUAGCUCAUCAUAAGCUCAUUGAUGUUAAUGUGUCUAAUAAACUAUAGCAAAUGAAUAUGAUGACACCAUGAUACAUAUGCAGCCUUUAGUAUUAUUGGCUGCUAUUGAGUGUCCAGACAAUUUAGGCCACCUUCGUCCUCAGUCUCCAGCCUCGUGUGAGGUUCACUCAUUCCGCCUGUGUUUCUGGGUAUGCGCUGUUGUGCUUGUUUAUCUCAGCAGCAAACCCUGCAGUGUUCUCCAUCCAAAAUGGCUGCGGAGGAGGAGAGCAAUAGCAGAGCUCCAUGUCUCAAUUUCUCCAGUCCCGGACCGCUGGGUAAUGCUCAGCCGAGCAACAACGCCCAUUCAUCGCCCGCUACAAAUGAGGGGUCAGCGGGUGCAACUGGAGGGGCACCACGGACAGUGGGACACUCAAACCCUCAACCAGGCCCUGACCGUGGCGGUGGCACCGAUGUCAGAGUAGAGCAUUCUCUGAAUAGGCAACACACUACGCCACAGUCAGCGGGUCAGAGUGCCACGGCUGCCCGGGCACCGACAGUCGCAGGAGGAGCUGCGACAAACAUGACAGCAUCCUCCGUGGAGUCCCCGAACAUUCCAUCCUCACUUCCCAGUAGCCCUGCAUCUGCGGCCGUAUUGGUUUAUCGGGAGCCAGUGUACAAUUGGCAGGCCACAAAAAACACCGUGAAAGAAAGGUUUGCUUUUCUGUUCAACAACGAGGUGCUGAGUGACGUGCAUUUUCUGGUGGGGAAGGGAAUGGGAGUGCAGCGGAUACCAGCACACAGAUUUGCCCUUGCCGUAGGAAGUGCAGUAUUCGAUGCCAUGUUCAAUGGCGGUAUGGCCACCACCUCUACUGAGAUCGAGCUGCCUGACGUGGAGCCGGCUGCAUUCCUUGCCCUGCUCAAGUUCCUGUACUCAGAUGAGGUGCAGAUAGGACCCGAGACUGUGAUGACCACACUGUACACAGCCAAGAAGUAUGCAGUGCCGGCCCUAGAGGCCCACUGUGUGGAGUUCCUCAAGAAGAAUCUGCGUGCUGACAAUGCCUUCAUGUUGCUCACUCAGGCACGGCUCUUUGACGAACCUCAGCUGGCCAGCCUCUGUCUGGAGAACAUCGACAAGAACACUGUGGAUGCACUCGCUGCUGAGGGCUUCACUGAUAUUGAUCUAGACACGCUGGUGGCGGUGCUGGAGAGAGACACUCUGGGGGUGCGGGAGGUACGUCUGUUUGGGGCUGCGGUGCGCUGGGCGGAGGCAGAAACCCAGAGGCAGCAGUACCAAUCCACUCCGGAGAACAAGCGCAAAGUGCUGGGCAAAGCCCUGGUCCUUAUCCGCUUCCCUCUCAUGACCAUUGAGGAAUUUGCUGCAGGUCCAGCCCAGUCUGGUAUUCUUAGUGACCAGGAGGUGGUGAGCCUGUUCCUUCACUUCACGGUGAACCCCAAGCCUCACGUGGAGUUCAUCGACCGGCCUCGCUGCUGCCUGCGGGGGAAGGAGUGCAGCAUCACACGCUUCGGACAGGUGGAGAGCCGCUGGGGCUACAGCGGGACCAGUGACUGUAUCCGGUUUUCAGUGAAUCGGAGGAUAUUUGUGGUUGGAUUUGGCCUCUAUGGUUCGAUACAUGGUCCUACAGACUACCAAGUCAAUAUACAGGUCAUUCACACAGACAGCAACACUGUCCUGGGUCAGAACGACACAGGCUUCAGCUGCGACGGUUCCUCCAACACAUUCCGGGUCAUGUUUAAGGAACCAGUGGAGAUCCUGCCCAGUGUCAACUACAUCGCGUGUGCCACCCUCAAGGGACCAGACUCGCACUAUGGCACCAAAGGAAUGCGUAAAGUGACCCACGAAGCCCCUGCCACCGGCACCAAGACCUGCUUCACCUUCUGCUAUGCUGCAGGAAACAACAACGGCACUUCAGUAGAGGACGGACAGAUCCCUGAGGUCAUCUUCUACACAUAAUGGAUCUCCUCCGACCUCCCAACCAAGGACUGGCUAUAUGUGGGUCCCAAAUGACACCUUAUUGCCCAUAUAGUGCAAAGUAAUACUUCAGGCAAUAGUACAGCGCCUCUAUUCCUCAUUAGUCUUUACUACUACACUUCAUCAAAGGGUUGUCCUCUAAAGCUGGUUUCCACUAAUUGGUCUUUUGACCAAUCAGAUAAUCGUGAUUGUUCAAACGAGUAAGUAGUGGAAUAUAUCAGAAUUGUGUAAAAUCAGCCUAUGAAUGGUAAGCUGACAUGGUAAAUCUAACCAGGUUGUUACAAACUUCUGAUAUUCAUGUUGGAUCUUUGUGCAUACAGUAUUGAAUGGGUAAUUGUUUUGGAAGUGGACUUCAGUUCAGUGUUUCCACCAAUAAGCACUUUUGUAGCCCUGGAUAAGCACACCUGAUUCAACUUGUCAACUAAUCAUGCCCCUGAGUUGAGGUGAGUUUGUCGAGGGCGACAACAAAAAUGUGUUAGGGAUACCCAAGGACUGGAGUUGGGAAACGCUGCUUUAGCGGUUGUGUCCAUCUUUCUUGUCUAGACUGAUGUGAAGGAAAUGUAAUGUCAGGUAAUUAACAGAUGAGAAAUCUGGGGGAAAGUCCCCAAAUGGUUGCUAGGUUUAAUCAUAACCGCUUCCAAUGGCUGUGCAGAAAUUGAAUGACUUUUUAAUUGAUAAAAUGAUUUAGUUGCACUGAUGCACUUUGACAGGAAACUGACAAUUAAACCCUGCCUGCAAGUUCACUAUAUAAAAUGGAGUAAUUCCUGAAAUAAAUUUAAAUUCAAUACAUUUCAGGAACUGUUGGCCUACCUGGUAAAUCAAACAUGUUACUCUACCAGUAUAGUGAACCAAAAUUGGAAUGAAAAUGAACAAUUGUCAUUUAAUGUAUGGUGAAUUGAAAUUCAGAAGUGGAGUUUACCACUGCUUUAGUUAGCUUAGACCUGUAAAUAGUAAAAUAAGCAAGGGUCUUGUUAUGGGUGCCAUUCUGUGGAGCCGUAGUGCCAGGAAGGCAUGUUUGCAGUCUCAUUUUUCAUGCAAGUUUGAGAAAUUUGUACAUACUCAAUUGCAUGCUUGCGAAAUGCUACUUAAGUUGAUUAACUUUUGUCUAGGUACACCGCCUGCGUGGCAGGAGGCAAUGGCCUAAGGUGCCCAUAAAAUGGUACCAAACAAUGCAAUCUCAAAUUAAAAACAUGAGUCUGGCUAAUGUACAUUGUAAAUAAAAUGUUCAGAUUAAACAAGUCUGUCACAAUAAUGGGUUUGCCAAAGCAUGCAUGUUAAGGAUGUCAGGUCCACUAACAGGCUUUAAAGAUGGGACUAAGCUGUGUUAGGCAUUUUCAGAACCACUUCAAUUGAGGGACAGGGCAUGUUGUAUGAACAACGUCCAAUAAAAUGAGCAAACUAGUAUAUGAAACGUUAAUAUUGAUCCAGUUGUUUCACUGGCGUGUUACCGGUAAGGACAAACUUCCCCCACCCUUUCCCAAUGAAAGGCCAACCACAAGUUUUAUUUUCCA